CACACCCCCCACGCUCUCCCAGCACACAAAAGCGGUGCAAUUAGCUGUCUUAAGGGAGCUGAGGCUUUGCCAGCUGUGAGCCGAAAAUAAUAAAAUACCUCAGAGGCAGAGCACAGGCAGGGAAGGUGGUGGCGGCGGCGGCAGCGGCUGCUGUAGGAGAAUACAAAUAGCUGCCAUCGACAUCUGAAACAAAGGGACAGCUCCUUCCAAAAAAAGGCCAGCACUGAUGCAUCCAUCCAUUCUCCCAAGGAGACAGCCGGGCCCAUCUGCAUUUCUCUUAAGACACUGGACAUCCUAAGGAGAUCCUUUCCCUAGAAGGAGGAAUGAACAGCUGGGAUACAGGAGCGGUUGUCUUUGUUCCUCAGUAGAGAGAACAGACGGGCGAACGACCAAGCCUCCCAGCACGUGACACUUUGUGUGACCACAACCACUCCAGGAGCAACAUGGGCACCACGGAGGCCACGCUGCGGAUGGAGAACGUGGAUGUGAAGGAGGAGUGGCAGGACGAGGACUUUCCCAGACCUCUCCCAGAAGAGACAGGAAUGGAGUCUCUGGGCAGCCCUACAGAAGACGAGAACACAUCUUCUCCUCCUAACACUUUAAACUUUAACGGGGCGCAUCGUAAGCGUAAGACGCUCAUAGCACCUGAAAUCAACAUUUCACUGGACCACAGCGAGGGCUCCAUCCUGUCUGAUGACUUCCUGGACACCCCCGAUGAUCUGGACAUUAACGUGGAUGACAUUGAAACCCCAGAUGAGACGGACUCCCUGGAGUUCCUGGGAAAUGGGAAUGAGCUGGAGUGGGAAGAUGAUACACCUGUAGCCACAGCCAAGAACAUGCCCGGGGACAGUGCUGAUCUGUUUGGGGAUGGAGUGGCGGAAGAUGGCAGCACUACCAAUGGGAGACUCUGGAGGACCGUUAUCAUUGGGGAGCAGGAACACCGCAUAGAUCUGCAGAUGAUCAAACCCUACAUGAGAGUGGUGACACAUGGAGGGUAUUAUGGAGAAGGUCUCAAUGCCAUCAUUGUCUUUGCUGCUUGCUAUCUCCCAGACAGUAACUUGGCUGACUACCAUUACAUCAUGGAGAAUCUCUUUUUGUAUGUUAUCAGCAGCUUGGAGUUGCUGGUGGCCGAAGACUAUAUGAUCGUAUAUCUGAAUGGAGCCACACCACGUCGGAGGAUGCCGGGCCUGGGCUGGUUGAAGAAAUGCUAUCAGAUGAUAGACAGAAGACUGAGGAAAAACCUGAAAGCUCUGAUAAUAGUGCAUCCUUCGUGGUUCAUCCGGACAGUGCUGGCUAUAUCCAGGCCCUUCAUCAGUGUGAAGUUUAUCAGUAAGAUCCAGUACAUUCACAGCCUGGAAGACCUGGAGCAGACCAUCCCUAUGGAGCACGUGCAGAUUCCCGAGUGUGUCGUACAAUAUGAAGAAGAGAGAAUCAAAGCCAGGAAAGAAAGAGCAGAAGAGAAACAAGACAUGGCAGAAAAAGAAAGCAGGCCUGUGCCUCCCACAGAGGAUCAGGAAACCAGUAUGUCAUGAAUUGAAGUAAUGAGGAAUGAAAGAAAGGGAAGAAUGACACAGCUGGACAGUCACCCACUGUAAAUGCCCUUCCCAGUAUAAGAUCUCGUCACCAUCUCAUUCUGAACCCUGUAAGAUCAAGGAGCCUGGCCCAUGUCUCAGAGAUGCAAAUUCCUUUGAAGCUUUUGAAAAAAAAGAUAUAUAUAUAAAAAAAGAAUAAUCCAAUACUAGCACUUUCCAGGACAGGCUCCAACCUUGUUUCAGUGAUGGUCUGUGGAGAGAUAUAAGUAGUGCAAAUAUAUACAAUAUUUCCUCUUAGAAAGUAAACAACACCUCAUAGCCCAUUACAGCCACCAGCCCAAACAAAGAGAUAUAUUUUUUUUUAAUUAUAAAUCCCCUCUUUAACUUGCUGCUGGCCGGCACUGUAAUUUUUUGCUUUCAGUUGCACAUCAGUUUCCUCCUUAUAGAUAUUACGAUGGCCAUUGCUCUAGGUGUUAACAAACAAAGGAUAUGAGAAGAGUGAGUUUUCCACCUUUUCAAAUACAGUGUAUGUUUCAUCCAGUCAAUACUGAGGAUCCACCAAUCUUUGGCCUUCUUGCUCCCAAAAUUCCAAGAUCCGCAAAGUCGAGAUUUCUUGGUGGUCAUCUCACGGGCUAAGUUCUAGUGAAACUUAUCUAAUGAUGAAAUGCCGUGAUGUUUAAUUUGUCCUGUUCCUCUUCAUAAGACACUCUGAUGAAGACUAACUCUGAAAGAAGGCUGCUAUAUUUUGGAUGCCAGCCUUUUUUAUAAGCACCUUCCAUACCAAGGCAUAAAAAGAUCUGUUCUUAAGAAGGUGCCUUAUGGACAGGAAAGAUUCCCAUCUCCUCUUUACAGAAGUUUCAUGACACUGGACAAUCAUUCACUAGUUAUACCUCCUACUGCAGAGACAAGCUGCUAAAUAUUUGAAAUUUUCCCACAUUCUCUUCCUGGCUGGUGAAGGUAAAGAGUAGAAAGCGUGACUAGAACAAGCUCAGGUUGAGACUGUUGCAAAUACAAAGGCAGGGAAUUGUAUCCGGGGUCAGGCACUCAGCUAUCAAAGGAUGAUGAUAUGAUAUUAUAAGACUUUAAAAACAUGAGGAUUUUUAAGCAGAGGAGAGAAGAAUUUGAACAAGCAUAAAAGCCUAGCAACGUCAUUUGCAAGCCCCUGUCUCCAUCCAGGGUCAACCUAUGCAAACAGUCUCACAUGUGCACAAGGCACAAACUCCCCUUGUGGAGUUGUGCAGUUGAAGAAUUAUCUGCUGAUUUCAACAGUCAAGAGAGAUUUUGUAACUGGAGCCCCAGACAGAUCUUUUUACAGGGCCCUAAUAGUCAAGCUGUUCAUGACCAUUUGAAAGUAAUGCUCCUUUACUUUGCUGUGAAAUCCCACAAGAGGGCAAUACUGGCAAAGCAAGAUUUUCUAAACCUAGGGAUCUGCUUUCUGUAAAGUGAAGAGUUUUGAUUUUUAGUCUCUUCUACACUUAACAGCAGCAUAGCAGACAGGACCUUGUUUUUUAAUGCUACAAAGGAGUACAAAGUAUGCUGGCUAACAUUAUUCUUGCCGAUUUUCUUUUCUUCUCAUUUUCUGCAUGUUUGUCUCAUAUUGCGGGCAGAAGAAUUUCAAUGGGACACAUGACUCUUAAGUCAUGGUUUUAUUUACUGAGCAGACCUAUGCAUGGAAAGAGAGUCUUACAUUAAUAUCAUUAACCACUGAAGCAGAAGACCACAUAUCUUCAUUUUUGGUGUACAUUAAAAAUAAGCAAAAAAGCAAGCACUCAUGAAUCACAAGGCCUCUUAUUCUUAUCCAGCUGCUGGCUGUGGGGAUUGGAUUGUUAUGUUACAUGCAAAAGAAAGCAGCACUUCAAUUUUUUGGAGUUUAGUUUUUACUCCAAGAUAAAAGGAACAUUUUACUAAAAAUGUUACACUCCCAAAAUAUUGGCAGUCACCCUCUUUCAAGACAAGCAGUCAGCAUUUUUAGAACAUGUAAGUGUAAAUCUCUUCCAAAAGACGUGUGACCUGUCUCUCAUGUGCUCUCACAAACGGAAUGAUCAAAAACCUACAGAAGUCGAUAGAAAAACUCCCAUUGAAUCAAGGGACUUGGACUUGGGCUUAAAAUGAAUAGUUACAGAUCCUGCUCUAGUACAGAAGAUGGGAAACUCCCAUCAGGAAUUCACAAGCCGAGACUUUCCUUCUCAUUUUGAGAAACUUUUUUUCUGCAUUUUGAUGGAAGUCAUGUGCUUUGCUUUCUGCAAAAGAAUGCAAUAAACUGUAUGAUAUUGGAUGCUGGGAGCGAGUUUUAAAGUCAUAUAGUGAACAAUAUCAUAGUAUAUUUAAGAAGUGUUUGAAAAAACAACCCCCAAAACCUCUUUCGUGCCUAUAGUAGCUAAAUGUUUUAGCAAAGAUGUCCACAAUGCCCCCAUCUCUGGAAAAACACUGUUCUGAAAUAAAUCCGACUGGGAAAAAGAACACAGAUUUAUCUUCAGUCUCGGGACCUUAAGACAUAAAACAUUUUGUGAUAAUGGACAGCAGCAACAGUAGGUGAACUUUCUUAAGAAAAACAUGUCACCGUUGAUCUUAGUCUUAACAGAGCAACCACAGAAUGAAUGGGCCUGGAAACUGAAGUACAAGUGUUUUUUAGAGCAAUUCCAAUGAACACCUCAACAGUUUCAUUUAAACAAGCAGGAAAAGCUAUUAUUUAAAGUGGAGAAUGUCAACUUGAAUACUUUUUAAAAAUAUUUUUUCCCAAAAUUUGCACUUUCUAAAAUAGCAUUCUUUAAACAGUAUACUAGAUUAAAAAAUAAAUAAAUAAAAAUGGGAGCAGAGACUUUCUGCUCCCCAACUGCUGUCUAUAAGUCUUUUCAGCAUAGGUGAAAUACAGGUGAAAAGAUGAAAUUGGCAAUACAAAAAAAAUCAAUUAUUUGCAUAAAGUUAAAAAAAAAAUCAACCGAAAAUGUAUAAUUAACUUCUUUCAGUCACAGUGCUUUUAUACAUUACUUGAAACCAUAGUAACAAUUUUUUCAGAUAAAAACACAAUGUUCUAAUUGGCAGGGUCCUUUUAAUAAGAUGUCUGCAUUAUUGACAGCCAUGUACCAAAUUUAAAAACAAGUGUCAGACCAAUAGAUGGUAAAUACCACAUCAGAAAGUGAUUUGCAUCGUUAGAAAAACAUUCAGUUCUCUUUGAGGUCAAUAGAAAAACUUUUGCACAGAGUUGUAUGUGGACCUUCAAAGAAGAAUUAGAGUGGCUGGCAACAUUUCAGAGAAUGCAGGUACAUGAUAUAACGGCAGAGGUCUGGAGGCCUCAACCUGUGGUUUUAAAACUAUAACAAAAUAUAAAAGUAAUGACAUGUCAUUAAGCCGGACAGCAGUACUUAAGAGGAUAAAGACAGUUAACACAUAUGUGCUCAGAACAUAAGUAAGAUGUCUGGGUGUCUGUUAUAACUGCCUGAAGUGUCACGUGUGAUCACCUAACUGCACUUCAGAAACAUGAUGGCAUCAAACGAUUCAACCUCCACUACUAAUAUUAUGUGUAUUUGUUGUGAAUUACUUCCGUGUAUCUCUCUGAAGUUCAAAUAUUGCUCAUUAUUGGAGAAAAUAACAUAUUUUGAUAACAUUUGAACAUUUUUAUUUCAGAUAAUUUUACUUUCCAAUCCAAAAUGGAACUUUCAUUUUAAAAAAAGGCUAUGUCUGAAUAUGAGGCUGCCUUCCAUAACGUAAACUGAAAAGGAGGUAAAUUCCUUGUUGUUACCCUUUACAGACCUGACAGUGGCAACUUUAAGGCCUUGUCUGCACUUGAAAGGGUUAGGCAGAAUAGCUUGGCAAACCUUCCUAGGGUAUCUGCAGUUUGACCAGUUCCCCAAACAAAAUAAGUUAUACCAGCAAAAGCACCUCUCUGCUGAUAUAACUGCAUUUAUACUAAGGUUUUGCCAGUAAUAAAAGGUUAAAUUUAAAUUAAAUGUUAAAUUAAAAUGUUAAAUUAAAAAAUCACACCCCUGUAGAAACAUUACUACAUGAGUAAGAGCUUCUAGUGUAGACCAAGCUUUCUUCCUGCCUCAUAAAAAUACCUCUGAACAGUAGGGUUUUUUUUACAUGAAUGCACUGUAUUGUCUAAAUAGUAGGUAUCAAAUUCGCUUCCCUGGAUGAGGAUAGUCAGACACUGCCACUCACAUGAAUUCUCCAGUUCUACUACUGAUUCCAGAUAUAGGGAAAUUUUAAGUGAGGGAAAGUUUUAUCACAUAUCUGUGCUAUCAUAUCUAUGGACAAUACCAUAUUCUGCUCACAGCCUGUUAAUGGUUUCACAUUACAUAGAGGAUAGAACAUAAACUGAAAAAUCAGAUUCUCUCCUAUACAGAAAUAAUUAAAGAACAGAGUGUGAAUCAUUCAAAUUCAGUAUUGAGGAAUUUGUGCAGACUCCCUAAAAACCAUCUCUAAAGUUCAUUAAAGUCGAUAGGAGUCUUCCCUUUGUCUUCAAUAGACUUUUUUUUUGCUUAACAGCUUAAGUGACUUCUCUCCAAUCUCCUUAUCCGUCUGUUACAUUCAACUGAAAGCCCUACAAAUCAAUAGAACAAUAAAGUAGAGUUAAUUGGCCCAUCCUUUUGAAAUGCAGAUACUUUUUGCCGAGUUUUUCCUGCAAUUAACACGUUUAUGCAAUCAAAAGACUUUGUUCUGGAACAGUUGGGAAAUACAGUAUCCACAUUUGGAACUGUCAGGUAAUUUUUAUUGAUUUUAUUCCACAAGGCACAGGAAAUGAACCUGGCAGAUUACAGUCUAAUCAAGUUGAAUAAUUAAUACAAUUCCUUCUGUAUAGUACUGUGUAAAUUUGAGUGGACAUUUAGAACAUACCUCAUUACAAUUUUUUCCAUCUACUUUUUUCCAAAGACUGUUUGUUUACAGAUGUGUCUACAUAUUUAUGAGAAAAACAAUAUUUCUAAGUGUUAAGGUCUUUAAAAGCAACACCUAUAUUCUACAUUUCUGGUGAUGGGAAGAGAGAUAAUAUAGCAAUGAUUGCUUUAAACUGAUAUUGGCAUGACAACAGGGGACAUGCAAGCAAGAUUGCUUAAAAAUGUAAACAUGAUUUUUUUUUUGUAUUUCCUUACUGACAGGUAGUCAAAAAGUCAGCAUGCUACUGUUAAAGUGAAUUUUGAUAAAUCACAAUAAUAUAACAUAACCUCAGUUUUUUUCCUUUGCAUCAGGCCCUCCAACCUACACCUACAUGUAAAAAUGUGUGAACUGUCAUUUUUUUAAAGUGUUUGUAUUUAGGUAGUUUAUGCUAGAAGACCUAGAUUGCUGCUAUGUAUUCUUAUUUUUUGCUUUGUAUUAUGCGAUAAAUAUCUGUGGGUAGUCAAUUAAAAUCAGACUGACACUUAAA